CACACACACAAAACACCGACAUUUUCUUACAACUAGAUUUAUGUUUCUCUUCGAUUGUCUACUAAAUAAUGUCGGACCUAUUUAUCCGGAAUUUCUGUCACUGUGAGAUUUAAGAUUAGAAAGAUGAACAAUCCUACUUCCAUCAUUUCAUUGUUCAUCUUCAUUCUUUCUCUUCUUCUCAACAGAUUUACCCAUGGAUUUGGGUAUUAUUCCAACUACACAGAGCUCCUCCUUGAUGAAAACCUCGCCGCCUCCGCCGCCGUCGCCGUCGGACCCAAUCCUCUCUUUGUGGGUCUGACCCUUAUUCAAGGAGCCGCUGAUAAGGGCGCCGUUUGUCUAGACGGAACAUUGCCCGGUUAUCAUAUAAAUUCCGGCCAUGGAUCGGGGGCAAAUAGUUGGGUUAUUCAAUUAGAGGGUGGAGGAUGGUGUAAUACUGUCAGAAAUUGUGUUUUUCGUAAGACGACUAGACGAGGAUCGUCCAAGUUUAUGGAGAAACGGUUGCAAUUCACCGGAAUUCUUAGUGAUAAACAAGAAGAAAAUCCAGAUUUCUUCAAUUGGAACAGAGUUAAGCUACGGUAUUGCGACGGGGCAUCCUUCUCCGGCGAAGGCGAAAACAAGGCUGCAGGACUGCAGUUUCGGGGACAACGGAUAUGGUUAGCGGGUAUGCAAGAAUUAAUGUCGAAAGGAAUGAAAAACGCGGAUCAGGCACUUCUUUCGGGCUGCUCAGCAGGGGGAUUGGCCUCUAUACUGCAUUGCGACGAGUUUCGUGGCUUGUUUCCUGAUAAUACUAAAGUUAAAUGCCUUAGUGAUGCUGGAUUAUUCCUAGACGCCACAGAUGUGUCUGGUACGAGUACAAUGAGGAACAUGUUCGAUGGUGUGGUCUCAUUGCAGGGUGUGGGAAAGAAUUUACCAUCUAGUUGCACGAAUCGUCUGAAUGCUACCUCGUGUUUUUUCCCCGAGAACUUGGUUGAAAACAUCAAAACACCUUUGUUUUUACUCAAUUCAGCAUAUGAUUCAUGGCAGGUCCAAGCUAGUUUAAUCCCUGCAUCAUCAUCAACAGCCGAUCCAAAAGGAUGCCGAACUAACCAUUCCAUGUGUUCAUCUUCACAGAUAGAGUUUUUUCAAGAUUUUAGGAACCAUAUGUUGAACGCGAUAAAGGGUUUCUCUUCGUCGAAGCAAAAUGGGUUGUUUAUAAAUUCGUGUUUCGCUCAUUGUCACACGGAGAGACAAGACACAUGGUUUGCUAACGACUCUCCUAGUAUUGGCAACAAGAGGGUGGCGGUCGCGGUUGGAGAUUGGUUUUUCGAUCGGACGAAAAACUGCGAUGAUGUAGACUCUCCUUAUCCGAGUGACAAAACUUGUCACGAUCAGAUCUAGGAAAUGAAUUGUCUUAGGAAUGGGUUAAUUUUAAUUAUUUAUUUAAAAGUUACAAUUUGAUUAAGAACAUAUGAUACAUAUGUUAUAUCCAUUCAAAACUAUAUAAAACAAAUGAUGCUAUUAAUAUUAUUAUUUGGUGUGA